AGGAUGUGCAUUGGCGUCUGGAUCAUCUUUCGCUCGAUUUAAAGAUAUUUGCUGUCGCACCCGCACGCACCGAAGAAAAACAAACAAAAACGCGCCCAUUCCUGUUUUUCAGAAGCAGCGUCAGCAUCCACAACAUCAAAGGCCGAUGCGCCGAGCACCUCCCGUGCCACCACCACCGGCGGUGGCGGCAGUGGCGACGAGUGGCUUCACGAACACUCUGUCAACUGAAGAGGCGGACGACGGCAAUAACGAUCUCGGUCGUGACGAGGUCGGCUUUGAGAGCGCAACGGUGUUGUAUGACACCGCCCACGUGAGUAGCGCGUUGGAUGGCGGUGACGCAGCGCCCCUCGCAGGAGGCGCGAAUGCUGCCGCUUCUUCUUCGCCUUACGCUUUAUAUGAACCGAUGCGUGCGCAGCAGCAGCAUGGUGUUCUCGAUGCGCUCCAUCCAACGGUCAGCAGCAGCAACAUUAGUAGCAGGAGCAAUAUAGGCAUCGCGAAUAGCAGUGCUGCGGUGCUUUCAAGCACGAGCGACUCGGCCGGCAUCCUCGGCCCCUCCGCUGCUCCUUGCAUCCUUCCCCCUCCAUCACUGCCACCUGCGCAGCCGUACGCGUACGUGGAGGAAGGCCUGGACGUUCCCUUGCACGCACCGCGGCUGCGCAUCCCGGCUGAUCUGCCGCUGGAGCAAACCACGCUGAUGGAUCUAUUGGCGACGGUGGUCGUCCAUGGCGGCCCGACAACGGAGGAGGAGAUCGUAAAGCGCGAGCUGACGCGUCGCAACCCGGCCUUCGCCUUCUUGGGCGAGAAGUUCAACCACCCCUCUCUGCUGUACUACCGCUGGCGGCUCUACUCGUUGCUGCAGCAGGACACGUUGCUGGCGUGGCGCACGGAGUCGUUUCAGGUGGAACGGGCACGGCGGGCGUACGUGUUUGUGCCGCCGCCGCUGCUCCGUGCGGGCCCGGACUGUCUAGCAGGGCUGCACCAGCCGGAGCUGUUGAAUGCGGGCGACGUGUUGGGGCGCGAGAAUGGCGUAAAGCGCACGCGUGAGAGCGGCGAAGGGGGUGAAGAGGCGAUCCAUCGCGAGGGGGAAGAGGACAUCAUUACGCGUACGGCACGCCGACGGCGAAAGCACCGUCAUCAGCGCGGACACGUCGCUGCUGCUGCGCCGGCGACACGCGAUAAGAGAACGAGGCGUAGUCGGGGCGAAACGGAAGAAGAGGAGGAAGGAGGCGUUGCACCGGGGUACGGCGUCGCGUCGCAUGAAGAUGGAAGGGCUGACGCACACGACAAGAACAAGAACCGCGGCAGCGAGAGCAGCAGCAGCGGCAGCAGCAGCGAGAGCAGCAGCAGCAGUGGCACGGACAGCGACGGCGAAGCAGAGGUGGCGGUCACAGCCGCAAAGGAUGAAGCCGCACGUGAUGAAAAGCGCGAUGCGGUGCUAAAGGCGGAAACCCGAUCCACGGACGCCUCCACCUCACCGGCGGCGGCGGUAGCGGAGUCGAAGGACGCGGUGUUCGAGGUGGACCCCGUCGUCCCACUUCCCCCGCCCUCCGCGCAGUGGAUCUCGCGUCAGUGCACGGCGAACAAACACGUCUUCGCCGUCCUGCAGCCGCACAUCUGUGCUGAAUGGGCACGCCUACUCAAUCCACGCCGCAUCUGCCCCGUUGCCGCGUGUACAAGCAUCGGGAAGUUGUGUGAGAUGUGGCUCAGCCGGACCGAGGUCGCGGCGCGCAUGCUCUUCGCCGUGCAGCACGCCGACGGCAUCCACCACCUCCUCAGCGUUGUGCUCGAUGCAGUGGUGAAGACGGCGUACGUGGCCACCGCGCGUUCGCGGGCGACGCUGCCGCUGCCGUCCUCGGCGGUGAACUCGCUAGAAGGCGACAGCAACGUCUUCUGUGUGGAGGCGCUGUGGUACUUGUAUGUGUUGCAUGACAUCCUCAUGAACGCGUCGAGCAUGCCGAGUGGUUCGGCGGCCACAGCGUGCUGCGUGAACAAAAACCCUCGCCCCGCCUCCAACUCGCAACCGUCGGUGGGCGGUGAGGAGGACGAACCGUUUAUGGCGGUGGAGAGCAGCCAAGAGGCAUUGGAAACGUUGUACCUCGCGUGGAAGCAGCAGCAGCAGCAGCAGAGCGAGUCGGCGCACUCCGCAUCUUUUCCUGUCUCUGUGGUGUUCAACAACAACAGUAAUACCAGCGCCGCACCGCCGUUACCCUCGUCGGUUUCGUCGCCGACGUCUCUAGCAGCAACAUCAACCUCAGCAUCGUCCGCCGCGCACGCAACCGCCGCACGUCACCGCCGGCGCCAGCGCACCACGCGGCGCCGCUCCGUGUACGAGCGAUGCGGCGAUGCGCUGGAACUCAUCUUGCCGACGCUGAUCGAGGCGGUGACCGCCGUGGCGCUGGCAGUGUCGAUGGACAAGGAACGGCAGCCACGGCCCCCACAACCAGAGAGCGCGAAAUUAGCAGCGGCAGCAACGGCACCACCACCACCACCACCCGCUGCACGCGUCCACCACUUCAAAGUAGUGAACCCGCUGCAGAGUACGAAGGCGAAGCGCAGCGGCAUCAACAACAGCGGCGGUGGUGGUGGUGCCAAAGGCGUGGCGGUGAGUGCGCCGCCCUUGAGCGGUGGGCCGUGCCUGUCGUUGCGGCUCGAUGCCGGGUGCAGCCGCGUGGAGAGUGAGCAGACUUCUGAAUCGGUCACCACCACCACCACCACCGUCGACGCACAAGCCUCCUCGGCGCCGGCUGUGCUACUGAUUGAGUGGUUGAAGGCGCUGGUGCUGGUGUGGAUGAACGUAGAGCAGCCUUUGCUGCUGCCGCUACCGUCUGCCGGUCUCCCUGCCGAAACAGCAAAAGACGGCGCUGCGAGCGACCCCGCGGCCGAUACGGUGGGGAUGGAGGCGGCGGCGCCAACCCCGUCCGGUCUGCUGUGGCCGGACACACAACGUGGCGCCCCCGAUGCGCCGGAUGUCCAGCUAGCCUACUUUGUGCGCGCACGGCACGCGCGGUUGCUGGGGCUGGAGGCCGCGCCGGUGCACGGGUCCGCCGCACCGCCGUCGUUUGAGAAGCGUCGCGAGCCGCCGCUACUGAGCGCGCGUGCGUGUGCGAUUCUCAAAGAACGGUACAGCUUCCUGUUUUAA